AUGCUUGAACUCAGAAACAUUCACACCUACUACGGCAGCAUCCGAGCCGUCCGUGGCAUCUCCAUCAUCGUUAACAACGGCGAGAUGGUCUGCCUGAUCGGUGCAAACGGUGCCGGAAAAUCGACGACCCUGAUGACGACCUCCGGUAUCUAUACACCCGUUGAAGGCAGUAUCUAUUUUGAGGAUCGCGACAUCACACAAACCUCGGCGGAAGAUCGCGUCGCACUCGGCAUCUCGCAAGUGCCAGAGGGACGGCUCAUCUUCGCGGAUAUGACUGUCCUCGAAAACCUCGAACUUGGUGCCUACACGCGAAAAGAUAAGCAAGGUAUCAGAGAAGAUAUCGACAAAAUGUUCCAAUUCUUCCCUGUGCUCCGAGAACGGCAGAAACAGCGCGGUGGCAGCCUCAGCGGCGGUGAACAACAGAUGUUGGCGAUCGGACGUGCACUGAUGUGCCGUCCGAGGCUGCUCCUGCUCGACGAACCCUCCUUAGGGCUUGCCCCCCUCAUUGUUAAACAGAUUUUUGAGAUUAUCCAGCAGAUCAACGCCGACGGCACGACGAUCCUCCUCGUUGAACAGAACGCGCAAAUCGCGUUACAAGUAACCAACAGGGGCUAUGUCAUGGAGACUGGCGAAAUCACAAUCGAAGGUGCCUCUGCCGACCUGUUAGCUGAUGAAAGCGUGCGACAGGCUUAUCUUGGAGAAUAG